AUGGGAAUAGGAAGUUAUUUCAAGGCGAAGAAGCCAGAGCCAACACCCCAACAACACGCUGCCUCAAAACAACCGAGAGGUCGUCAACCUUCGGCCGGGAAUGUACCAGUUGAUCUGGACGAUGGCGGCGUACUCGCCCCCCCACAGGCCCGCUAUGGGUCUGGCUCAAGAUCUCACUCGGCGACGCGUUCGACAAUGUCGAAUGCCAGUUCCAUGUUUAUGGAAGAUAUCAAGCAUGAGGUCAUGGUCAAUUACCUCUACCAGCAACAAUGCUCAUAUCUAUGGGUAGCCAAUGGCAGCGGCGAGAUCGAGGGUGUGCUUCUUCGAAAGUCAAGGGGCCAAUACAUGGCUUGUCCGCCGACUUUGGGGAACUCGCCGUUUGCCAUGGCAUGCGCUGCUCUCAAUGUUCAGUGCGCAAUGACUGUCAACUCACGAGUCAUCAAGACCUUCCUUCAAUGGUCACCGGAUGCCGUUGAUGUGCCGCUUCUGAACGGCCUGCGAGUGCAAAUCCUACCCACAAUCGAAGAUCUCCCUCGCGCCAGGAAGCAUCAGUUCGCCGCCUUCAUUGCGUCAGAGGGGUUGCUGGUAGUUUGGGACGACGAUGCACUCCAUCUGAUCCCGAGAGCCAAGGAAAUCGAGUCGGAGCUCAUGGAGCUCGUGUGGAAGACUGGUGAACCUGGCGAAAUUGAAGAAAAGGCCAAUCCCAUUGUGGACGCUACCGAGAUCGACGAGGAAAGUGGCGAGGUGAAGCCCGAAGUACGACCGGUCCACCUCCUCAACACCUACUUCGUCAGUAUCACCUUGGUCGUCGUCACAGUUUCUUUAGGAUCCGCCUGGAGACAGCUGGCGAUUGAGGUCAUGGUCGACGGCAAUUACACCCGGUUGGCUCUCGCUGCUCUUGCGCCCGUACAGAUCUUCUUCACACUCUUUUUCGCUCAGGUCAUCACCGGCUGCUUGGCCCAGAUCUUUGGUCCCAUCAAGCAGCUAUCGAUCAACUCCAAGUUCUACUCGGCCCGACCACCACCCAGGUUACAAACAGCCACACUUCCCCACGUUACUGUUCAAUGUCCCGUGUACAAGGAGGGUCUCAGUGGUGUCAUUGCUCCUACAGUCAAAUCCAUCAAGCAUGCCAUGUCCACGUAUGAGCUCCAAGGAGGCUCAGCCAACAUGUUCAUCAACGAUGACGGUCUUCAGUUGAUCUCGGAAGAAGAUCGCCAAGCCCGUAUUGAGUUCUACGCUGACCACAGCAUCGGAUGGGUUGCACGACCCCGGCAUGGCGAAAAUGGCUUCACUCGUCGCGGAAAGUUCAAGAAGGCCUCCAACAUGAACUUUGCACUUAUGAUCUCGUGCAAGGUGGAAGAAAAGCUCACCCAAAUACCCAGACAUACCGACUGGUCCCAGCAUGACGAAGCCCAAGCUUACGAAAGAGCUCUGAAGGAUGUUCUCGAGGAAGACGGUCGCGCUUGGGCAGAUGGCAAUAUCCGAAUGGGCGACUACAUCCUCCUCAUCGACUCCGACACCCGUGUGCCCUCAGACUGCCUGCUCGACGCUGUCUCCGAAAUGGAACAGUCCCCCGACGUCGGUAUCAUGCAGUUCUCGUCCGGUGUUAUGCAAGUCGUUCACACCUACUUUGAGAACGGCAUUACCUUCUUCACGAACCUCAUUUAUACGGCCAUUCGCUACACCGUCUCCAACGGCGACGUCGCCCCCUUCGUCGGUCACAAUGCCAUCCUGCGCUGGUCAGCCAUCCAACAAGUCUCGUACGAGGACGAAGAUGGCUACGAGAAGUUCUGGUCUGAAAGUCACGUCUCGGAAGAUUUCGACAUGGCGCUGCGCUUGCAAUGCAACGAUUACAUCAUCCGCCUGGCCGCCUGGGCUGGCGAUGGCUUCAAGGAGGGUGUCUCGCUCACCGUGUAUGAUGAACUUGCUCGUUGGGAGAAGUACGCCUACGGUUGCAACGAACUAUUGUUCCACCCCAUUAGAAAAUGGUUCUGGAAGGGCCCCUUCACCCCUCUCUUCUGCCGCUUCCUCUUCUCCAACAUCCGCUUCACCUCCAAAAUCACCAUCGUCUCCUACAUUGGAACUUACUACGCCAUUGGCGCUGCGUGGAUUCUCACGUCCUGCAAUUACUUCCUCAUAGGCUGGUUCAACGGGUUCCUGGACAAGUACUACAUCGACUCGUGGCAGGUCUGGUUCUCAAUCAUCCUCGUGUUCAACGGCCUGGGUAAUGUUGCGUUGGCCGUGAUGAGAUACCGAGUGGGCGAAAAGAGUCUUCUUGCGGCCCUUAUCGAGAACUUCAAGUGGACGUUCAUGCUGGCCAUCUUCCUCGGUGGCCUGUCGCUGCAUGUCAGCCAGGCGCUGUUGGCGCACAUGUUUGAGAUUGACAUGACGUGGGGCGCGACGAGCAAGGAGGCCGAGUUUUCGAAUUUCUUUAUCGAGGUGCCCAAGGUUAUUAAAAAGUUCAAAUUCUCAAUGCUCUUCUCCAUCGUCUUCAUCGUCGGCAUGGUUAUCCUCGCCACGGCACCCUUUAUUCCGUAUUCCUGGCAUAUUACGGACUUUGUGGCAAUCUUGCCUAUGGCGACCGUGGCAGCUAGUCAUUUGUUGUUGCCGCUGGCGUUGAACCCGGCUUUGAUGACUUUCUCUUGGUAA